CUCACAAUUAGCCUCAUCCUUGACUCAUUUCAACAACAAAACCCCCUUAAUUUCCAACAACACCAAAUCACUUGACCCAAACACCCCUCCCAUCCAAAACUCUCAUCAUAGUUUGUGCAAUAGCAUUCCACAAUGGCUCGAUCCCAACAACGCUACCGCGGUGUCCGACAACGGCAUUGGGGUUCGUGGGUAUCUGAAAUCCGUCACCCGUUGCUGAAAAUGAGAAUUUGGUUAGGCACGUUCGAGACAGCAGAGGAUGCUGCGAGAGCGUACGAUGAAGCUGCGAAACUAAUGUGCGGCCCGAGGGCCCGAACUAACUUCCCCUACGACCCAAACACGCCCCAAACAUCCUCGGCCAAGUUACUCUCCCCAGCCUUAAUAGCUAAACUACAAAAAUGUCACCUUCAAGCCUCCCUUCAAUUGGAGAAAGAAUCGUUGCCACAGAGCCACCCCUCGAAAUCACUCAAUCCAUCCGCUAUUUUCGGACACCAGGACACAGAUGCCGCCUUCUGGUUUUCGGAGAAAAAACCUCAAAUAGCAUUGCCACCGUUUGAUUUGCAGCCGGUGGCAAACGCGAAUUGGGCGGUUGGAGGAGCAACGGAAAACAACCGGAACAAUACACAAUUCCUAAAAACACUUGAAGAAGACCACAUUGAACAAAUGAUUGAGGAGCUUAUUCAUUAUGGAACAAUUGAGCUCUGCUCUAUGGGGCUUUAAACUAUGUUGACCAAAUUAUUCAAAUAAGUGUCACUAUGUUGUCUUCUUCAAAAUGUCCGUUUAUUGGGAAUCAAGAGACGUUUUGCCU